AGUGUUAUAUUAAUAUUCACACAGCCAUGGUCGCCAACACUCUUAUCCUAUUUAUUCUGCUGCUUCUUUCAUUUUGUUUCCUCUCUUGCGAGGCUUCCUCCCGGAACUCAGAUAAGCGCACAGACUAUGAGAAUUGGAUUUCUUGGAACCUCCAGAAUUACCGGAAGGCGACGCUUUUGAGGACCCAAUGGAAUGUGAGAGCACCUGAUCUGAAGCUGGGGGUGGCUGAGAGUAACAGGGUCAAAAUCACAGUUCGCCAAGACGGUACUGGUGACUUCAGCACCAUCACACAAGCGCUGAAGAGCAUUCCGCCACGCAACAUCAGAAGAGUUAUCGUUUCGAUUGGACCGGGCGUUUACAGGGAGAAGAUUGUGAUACCCAAAAAUAUGCACUUCAUAACAUUGUUGGGCGACGCCGCGAGUCCACCAACUAUUACAGGGAACGAUACGGCGUCCGUCUUUGGAAGGGAUGGGAUGCCAUUUGGCACAUUCCACAGUGCCACGGCCGCUGUAGAUGCUAAUUAUCUUGUCGCCAUCAACAUCAAAUUUGAGAACACGGCAUGGCAUGAGGUGGGAAAGGAGGGAGGACAAGCGGUGGCACUUCGCAUCUCAGGGACCAAAGCUGCAUUUUACAACUGCAGCUUCUACGGGGAUCAAGACACGCUCUACGACCACAAAGGACUUCACUACUUUAGUAAUUGCUUCAUUCAAGGCUCUGUUGAUUUCGUCUUCGGCUCCGGUAGAUCCCUUUACGAGAACUGCCAUUUAAAUUCAAUAGCGAAGAAGGCGGUGUCAAUCACGGCUCAAAAGCGCACAAAUGCAUCGCUGGAGAGCGGGUUUUCGUUUAAGAACUGCGCCAUAACGGGAAGUGGGCAAGUUUAUCUGGGAAGAGCGUGGGGUGAUUAUUCCCGGGUUGUUUUCUCUUACACCUACAUGGACAAGAUCGUUGUGGCCCAAGGCUGGAGUGACUGGGGUGACCAAAAGCGCGACUUGAGAGUGUAUUAUGGAGAAUACAAGUGCAGCGGACCUGGUGCUAACUUGACAGGAAGAGUGGCAUGGGCGCAUAUCCUCACCGACCAAGAGGCUCUGCCUUUUCUCGGAACUCACUACAUUGAAGGCGACACUUGGCUCAUUCCCCUCCCCAUCUGAUUAAAAUCCCGAUCGUCCCCGUGCCAUCUCCAAAAUUAUGAAUCUUGCCAUUUUAAAAUAAAUGAAAGAAUGAAAUAUUUUCAU